AGGCCAUGAAGCUCCUCCUCCCUCCAUUCACCUCUCAACUUCACCCCCUUCCUCUUCGGGAAUUGCAACACGGGACCGAAGGCGAGGCCGGGUUGGUAUAUAACGGGCUAACGGGGAGACCUCCUUCAGUCUCGACGCUGGGGAGUGAUUUCAUGAUGAUAUUCAAGGCGCUGUUUGCACUUCUUGUCCUUGUGGCUCUAGUCGGAGCCAAUCCACUGCCCGGUAAAUUCCUGUUCCGUGGCUAUGGCGGCUGCGGAAAAUGUGGAGGAAAGGGCGGAUUCGGCGGUGGCGGUUACGGCGGCGGAGGAUUCGGACACGGCGGCGGAGGAUACGGCGGUGGUGGAUUCGGACACGGCGGUGGCGGUUAUGGCGGCGGAGGAUUCGGACACGGCGGUGGUGGCUACGGUGGCGGAGGAUUCGGACACGGCGGCGGAGGAUACGGCGGCGGUGGAUUCGGACACGGCGGUGGUGGCUACGGCGGCGGUGGAUUCGGACACGGCGGCGGAGGAUAUGGCGGAGGCGGAUACGGCGGUUAUGGCCGCUGA